AUGAAAUACAUGUAUUGUGUAUUGUGUAUAUUCUACAACAGUACUUGCAAUAAUGAUAAUAAUAAUAAUAAUAAUGAUAAUAAUAAUAAUGAUAAUAAUGAUGAAAAUUGUGAUAUCAGAACCAUAAUUAUUUACUAUAAUACUUUCUCAAAUGAUUUGUGUGAAUAUAUAUUGAUACAAAAAAAUAUUUUACAGUUUCCCCUGAAGUUCUUUUUACUGCUUUCUGCUGUAUUAUUUUUUGUAUUUCCUCUUGACUUCUUUGUUUUUCUAUUUUAUGCUCUUGUUUUGCUUCAAUCAUUUGAUUCUAUUCAAUUCCCUUUUGAACUUUUACUCUCUUUUAACAUUUCAUUGGGCUGA